GUUCUUCGAGCCCGAAACCAUACAAUGCCCUUGACACGCUCCACCGAUCCCCUGGUGUGGAUCGACUGCGAGAUGACCGGCCUGGACCCGGAAACCGAUCAAAUCCUCCAGAUCUGCUGCUACAUCACCGAUGCCGACCUGAAGCUCCUCGAGCCGCAGGGGUUCGAAACCGUCAUCCAUCAGUCGCCCGCGAUGCUGGCGUCCAUGAACGAGUGGUGUAUCGAAACCCACGGUCGCACUGGGUUGACGGCCGCGGUGCAGGCUUCCACCGUCAGUGCGGAGUCGGCAGCGGCGGCGUUGCUGGAGUACAUUCAACGGUAUGUGCCGCAGCCGCGGACGGGGUUGUUGGCGGGCAACAGCGUGCAUGCGGACAAGGCGUUUCUGGCCAAGGGACCGUACCAGAGCGUGUUGGAGUGGUUACAUUAUCGGAUUGUAGACGUGAGCGCACUGAAGGAGAUGGCGCGGCGGUGGGGAUCGGAUGAGUUAUUAGCGGCCGUGCCUGCGAAGAAGGAGGUGCAUCUGGCGCGGGAGGACAUUCUGGAAAGCAUCGCAGAGAUGCGCUUCUAUCGGGAACGGCUGUUUAGAUAGCCUCUGGGAGCUUUAGUAGCUCUACUACUAGUACUAGACAAGCUACUAGUAAAAGGGGGAGGUCUGUGGGUUUUGGACCGGCGGGGAAUGAGCUGAGCUGGCAACAAGAAUAGCUUCUAUUUAGGGAAGCUUUUUUUUAGGGGGUCAAGAAUCAUAAUUUGUACGGGCGUUUGUACGGAGGAGGGGUAGAGAAUGAGGGGAAGGGAAAUUGUUAGAGACAAUUGCAUGGGAAGAUGCAUUAUGAUGAGAUGAUGAGAACUGAUGACCGCCACAUUAUGACACUGCUAACUGUCACCACCACCAACAAAUAAACAAACGAACAACAGACGAACAACAAACGAAACCAAUCCCACCUCAUGCACCACCACCCAUACCACCCAUGAACGAACGCAAUUGCAAUCGGGAAUUGAAGUGGGGUUUUCUAGUAGAGACUUUGUCUUGCAUCGGAGCGGGACCAGAACCAGA